CCACCGGCUCCUCCAGCCCUUCCCAGAGCGAGCCUCGAUCCGGCCCACCACUGUCCUCAGCUGCCAGGCACCUGCUCCCCAGCCAUGCCUCACCCUCCAGGCUCCGACGUGCUGGUGUUCUUCGUGAAUGGGAGGAAGGUGACAGAGCGGGAUGUGGACCCAGAAGUGACCCUGCUGACCUACCUGCGAAGGAACCUCGGCCUCACAGGAACCAAGUCGGCCUGCGGGGGAGGCAGCUGCGGCACCUGCACUGUGAUGCUGUCCCGGUUCGACCUGGCCUCCAGGAAGCCGAGACACAUCGCCGUCACUGCAUGCCUGGUGCCCCUCUGCUCUCUGCACGGGGCGGCUGUCACCACUGUGGAAGGCGUGGGCAGCAUCAGAACCAGGGUCCACCCCGUGCAGGAGCGGAUCGCCAAGAGCCACGGCACGCAGUGCGGCUUCUGCACGCCCGGGAUGGUGAUGUCGCUGUACGCCCUGCUCCGCAGCCACCCGCAGCCCUCGGAGGAGCAGCUGCUGGAGGCCCUCGCAGGGAACCUGUGUCGCUGCACCGGCUACCGGCCAAUCCUCGAGAGCGGCAGGACCUUCUGCCUGGACUCGGCCAGCUGCGGGCAGCACGGAGCCCGGCAGUGCUGCCUGGACCAGCCAGGGGAUGGCACCUGCCCUCCGGGGCGCAAUGGCCCACAAGCUCACAUGUGCUCGGAGUUGAUCCCCAGAACGGAGUUCCAGCCCUGGGACCCGACCCAGGAGCCCAUCUUCCCCCCAGAGCUCAUGAGGAUGGCGGAGAGCCCAGUGCAGCCCAGCCUGACCUUCCGUGGAGACAGAGUCACCUGGGUCUCCCCCGGGAGCCUGCAGGAGCUGCUGGCGCUGAGAGCGAGGCACCCCGAGGCCCCCCUGGUGCUGGGCAACACAGCCCUGGGCCCCGCCCAGAGGUCCCAAGGCCGGGUCCACCCACUUCUCAUCUCUCCUGCACGCAUCCCAGAGCUGAGCACUGUGACGGAAACUAGUGAUGGCCUGACCAUCGGUGCCAGCUGCAGCCUGGCCCAGCUGCAGGACAUCUUGGCCAAGAGCAUCUCCCAGCUGCCCGUCGAGAAGACACAGACGCUCCGAGCUCUUGCAAAGGCCCUGCGCAGUGUGGCCGGCCUGCAGGUCCGGAACCUGGCGUCCCUUGGGGGCCACGUCAUGAGCCUGCACAGCUACUCAGACCUGAACCCCAUCCUUGCUGUGGGCCAGGCGGCCCUCCACCUGCGCUCAGAAGGGGGUGCAAGGCUGAUCUCCCUGGAUGAGCACUUCCUGGCAGGGGUGGUGAGCGCCAGCCUGCAGCCGGGGGAGAUCUUGGAGUCCGUGCACAUCCCACACUCUCAGAAGUGGGAAUUCGUGUUCAGCUUCCGGCAGGCCCAGGCCCCACAGAACGCCUCACCACACGUGAGCGCCGGCAUGCGCGUGCGGUUCACAGAGGGCACAGACACCAUCGAGGACCUGAGCAUCGCCUACGGCGGGGUGGGGACUACCACGGUGAUGGCACCACAGGCCUGCCAGCGGCUCCUGGGCAGGCACUGGACCGAGGAGACACUGGACGAAGCCUGCAGGCUGGUCCUGGGCGAGGUCACCAUCCCCGGCGCAGCCCCUGGUGGCAGGGUGGAGUUCAGGAGGACCCUGCUGGUCAGCUUCCUCUUCAGGUUCUACCUGCAGGUUCUGCAGGAGCUGAAGGCCCACCGGUUCCUGAAGCCCCCGUGCACCCCACGCACCCUGAGUGACACCUGGAAGUAUCCCCAGCUCCCAGACCAGACCCUCGGUGCGCUAGAGGACGUCCCCAUCAUGGUGCCCCGGGGCGUGCAGAUGUAUGAGAGAGUGGACCCUCAGCAGCCACCCCAGGACCCGGUGGGCCGCUCGAUCAUGCACCUGUCGGGCCUGAAACAUGCCACGGGGGAGGCAGUGUUCUGUGAUGACCUCCCCAGGGUGGACAAGGAGCUGUUCAUGGCCUUGGUGACCAGCACCAGGCCGCAUGCAAAGAUCGUGUCAGUGGACCCAGCCGAGGCACUCAGGCUCCCUGGGGUGGUGGCCAUAGUAACAGCCGAGGACAUCCCAGGCACCAAUGGCACCGAGGACGACAAGCUGCUGGCAGUGGACAAGGUGCUGUGUGUGGGCCAGGUCAUCUGUGCAGUGGUCGCAGAGACAGAUGUGCAGGCGAGGCAAGCGACUGGGAGCGUCAGGGUCACCUACGAGGACCUGGAGCCCGUGGUCCUCAGCAUCCAGGACGCCAUAGGGCACAGCUCCUUCCUGUGCCCUGAGAAGAAGCUUGAGCUUGGAAACACGGAGGAGGCCUUUGAGGACGUGGACCACAUCCUAGAAGGAGAGGUGCAUGUCGGGGGGCAGGAGCAUUUCUACAUGGAAACCCAGAGGGUACUGGUCAUUCCCAAAGUCGAGGACCAAGAGCUGGACAUCUAUGCGUCCACCCAGGACCCAGCCCACAUGCAGAAAACAGUGUCCUCAACCCUCAACGUCCCCCUCAACCGGGUCACCUGCCACGUGAAGCGCGUGGGCGGGGGCUUCGGGGGCAAGCAGGGGAGAUCAGCCAUGCUGGGGGCCAUCGCAGCAGUGGGCGCCAUCAAGACUGGUCGUCCUGUUCGUCUGGUCCUUGAUCGUGAUGAAGAUAUGUUAAUAACUGGGGGUAGGCACCCGUUAUUUGGAAAAUAUAAAGUGGGCUUCAUGGACAGUGGGCGGAUCAAGGCGCUGGACAUCCAGUGCUACAUCAACGGAGGCUGCGUGCUGGACUACUCCGAGCUGGUAAUAGAAUUUCUCAUCCUGAAGCUGGAAAAUGCAUAUAAAAUCCGAAACCUCAGGUUCCGGGGUAGGGCGUGCAGGACAAAUUUACCAUCCAAUACGGCAUUCCGUGGAUUCGGCUUCCCGCAAGGAGCCCUGGUGAUAGAAUCAUGCAUCACAGCUGUGGCAGCCAAGUGUGGCCUUCUCCCAGAAAAGGUCAGGGAGAAGAACAUGUACAGGACGGUGGACAAGACCAUCUACAAGCAGGCGUUCAGCCCCGAGCCCCUGCACCGGUGCUGGGCCGAGUGCCUGGAGCAGGCUGACGUGCCGGGCCGGCGGGCACUGGCAGAUGCCUUCAACCGGCAGAGCCCCUGGAGGAAGCGGGGCAUCGCUGUGGUCCCCAUGAAGUUCUCGGUUGGCUUUGCAGCCACCAGCUACCAUCAGGCAGCAGCACUGGUGCAUAUCUACACAGACGGGUCUGUGCUGGUCACCCAUGGCGGGAACGAGCUGGGACAGGGUAUCCACACCAAGAUGCUGCAGGUGGCCAGCCGGGAACUGCGGGUGCCCCUGUGCCGCCUGCACAUCCAGGAGACCAGCACAGCGACUGUGCCAAACACAGUGACCACAGCAGCGUCCGUCGGAGCCGAUGUCAAUGGCAGGGCUGUGCAGAAUGCCUGUCAGACCCUUCUGAAACGCCUUGAGCCCAUCAUGAAGAAAAAUCCGGAAGGCACCUGGGAGGCCUGGGUGGAAGCAGCAUUUGAACAAAGAAUCAGUCUCUCAGCCACCGGAUACUUCAGAGGCUACAAGGCCUUCAUGGACUGGGAGAAGGGGGAGGGAGAGCCCUUCCCUUACUACGUCUUUGGGGCCGCCUGCUCGGAGGUGGAGAUAGAUUGCCUGACCGGCGCGCACAGGAAACUCAGGACGGACAUCGUCAUGGACGCGGGCUGCAGCCUGAACCCGGCCCUCGACAUCGGGCAGGUGGAAGGCGCGUUCCUCCAGGGCGCGGGCCUCUACACCACCGAGGAGCUGCACUACUCCCCAGAGGGCGCCCUGCUGUCCGGGGGGCCUGAGGAGUACAAGAUCCCCACCGCGGCCGAUGUCCCGGAGAAGCUCAACGUGACCCUGCUGCCCUCGGCACAGGCACAGACCGGGCUCACCAUCUACUCCUCCAAGGGCCUCGGGGAGUCCGGGAUGUUCCUGGGGUCCUCCGUGUUCUUCGCCAUCCAGGACGCGGUGGCUGCAGCACGCAGGGACAGAGGCCUGGCCGAGGACUUCACGGUCCCCAGAGAAGACCCCGGGACGUGCAAACCCUGGUCCAUCUCGGUAGCGUAAUCCUGCAGUCUCCUGAAAGGUGAAAAGAUGGCUUCCUAAUCAUAACCCCAAGCUGAUAUUCUUAUACUAUUGUGGGGCAGGGGACGAGGUGCAAAAUUUAGAAACCUGAUUCAAGCCUAAUUACAUUACCAAGACGAAUCACUGUUUACAGAUUACUUAGACUGUUCGGCCCAGAGGCCAGAAAGGACUGCAAGUGUAAUGAUUUUCUUCUGAAAAGAUCACGGGAAAGCUGCUGGAGACACAAACACUUCCUCUCACCUACGGGCUCACAGGCCGCAGUCCCUGGUGACGUCGUGCCGUGGAGAAGCGCGUGAGGGUCCCUGCUGAGGUGCUGGAUCCAGAGAUCAGAGUGGCAACUGCGGCCCCUUUGAGGGUCCAGCUCGUCGGUGGUCACCGAGCUCAUGGGUAGUCGUGGGAGGAUGGUGCAGGAGCAGUUCUUCUGCAUGCAGCGGGAGCCUUGCUGUGGCCCACCUUCCCUUGGGAUGUGGAAGGGAACACAGUGCAUCGUCACAGAACCCUUCGUUUGAUGAAAAACGUCCGACCCGGUGUCAGUGUUUCAGAAGUGGCAAGGGCUCCGUCUCUGAAUACUGAACUGGGUCACCCGAGCGAUUGAACCAGGUCACACUCUACUGCACUCAUGGGGGCAGAGGUACAGGCGGAACCGCGGCUGGAGCUCACCAGCCCCACAUGUGCGAAGCCCUGCGCUCAACCCCAGGCACUGAAGAAAUAAAAACACAAACGUGAAAAGAAGACAGUGUGCGGGAUCCGAGGAUUGAGCUUUAGGGACUCAGAGGAGUCGGCCGAAAGUCUGGCCUGCUCCGGCAGGGUCAGGAGGAAACCGGCAGAACCCACGGCUCAGGGUCACAGCUGGCAGAGGCUGAGGCAGGAGGAGGUGUGCACCUCCCGUCCUGAGGCUGCAGUCUCCUCGUGGAGGGACAGGGACUGCUGGCCAUUGGCCCACCUGCCGACUUGGGAGGGUCCACUAGGCCAGGAGCCCAAGGUAGGCAGUGGGACAGAGGAGAAAGGAGCCUGGAACAGGAGGUCACAACAGGACAGCUACACAGGCAGCAGAGCGGGACUCUGUGGAGGUGGCUGGGUGAAAUAAGCAGAAAGCAAUGUGAUUUUAAAAGCUCUUUUACAAAUACAUCCUGGAUUGUGUAAUCUAAUAAAACAUGAGAGAUUUAUGUUGUUAAUUU